UGAUAAACAGCUGGAGUUUAGAGAUGUUUGGAUGCCUUGUCUCCGGGCGUUUAGUAAGUAUCUCGUCAUAUUUCAUGAGGGUUAAUCGAGAAUAAGAUUCUGACAAUUAGUAUUUGAAUUAAUUUUUAUGGUGAAUCAAAUGAAGUGCGAUUAUUGCCAUUAACAUUCGUGACAACUUGCAUGUGUUCAUCGUGUCUGUUUUGUUUCUACUGUAGGUGGCAUUCAUUACAUACAUGUACCAUUUUUUUACGUCUAUGAAAAUUGAAAUAUGUUGUUACAACUUUUUUGCACGUUAAAUUGAUGUCGAGUAAUAGUAAUCAUUAACAAAACUACUCCAUAAAACUAUAUCAUUUGUAUUAAGUGUGGUGGAGGCAUUUUCCGGGGAGGGAGGGGAGGGAGGGGGACUAACAGACUGUCUGAUUGCCAUUGUAUAAGUCAGCUUAUUGCAUAUUUUACUUACUAUAUAUCUGUCUUCUCAUGGGUAAGAACCUGGAAAUCAGCGUACCUUACUGCACAAUCAGUAGAUUGUACACACUAAAAUGACUAUGCAUGCAAUGUCCCAUUUACUGCUUUCUUUAACAUAACCUAAGAAGAAUUUAUUAUUACAUUUGGCAAAAUUUGUGAUAUCUGGAACAGUUAGGGUUGAGGUAAAUGUUAUUGGCCUCAGCUUGUAACACUUAGCUUGACUUUGAUUUCCAGAUACAUGUAUCACAAAAACCAAAUCUAAUAAUCAAAAACAACAACAACCUGGAAAAUUCAUAUAAUAAAAAAGGUAGUGAGGAAAAUAAGUUAUUGAAUUCAAUUGGUUGGUGCCACUGUGAAGGGUAGGGUUUUAAGCAGUUUAAUCUGGGAUAGAGUAUCGCAAUCAGAUGAUUCCUGGUCUAGAAAUAGGGUAUCAUCUAUGGAAAUCAGUGUGACGUGAAAAACAGUAAAUUCAAUGUUAGUAAAACCUGAUUCCAAACCCCUAAGCAAGUUUAAAGGAAUUUAUUUAUCUGCUUUAUUUUUUUUCUCCCCAAAUCAUGGAAUUAAAAUAAAAUACUCCCAACAUACAUGUAAAAUAUAGUAUGAGGAAGGUUUUCUAAAGCUGUUGAGCAAAAAUUACUCCAAAUAGCCUUGCAAUAAGUUGCAGAUCAUACAAUGAAUAUGAUAUGAACUGCAGGAAUACAAAAUUUAAAAAAAUGUCGAUGAAAUUAGGACCAUCACAAUUGUAAUCACAAUUUUAGCAACUGCAAACAUAGCCCCCACCCCCAGUAAAAAAUGAAAUCAAAUAAAAAUUCGGGGCUUUUUCAGGAUUCAAACCCAUGGCCUCUGCAUUAGUGCCGCAGUGCUUUGCCAUUUGGGCUAUGAAGAGCCAUUGUAUGCCUGCUCCCAAUGUAUGAUAGUCAUAAUUAUCUUCAUUUAGAAACUGCAGGCUGUUGCCUCAUUCCAGGGUUAAGUUGUCUGUAGACUUUUAUAGUUUCAAAAAGUGGAAGUGAUCUGCUAAACUAUUGGUCUGAUAAACAAUUUCCUCAGAAAAUGGUACUUAUAGAUCCCAUUUCUCACAAAAAUAACGUUGCAUAAAAUGCAAAGUGCUCCAUCAUCAGCAAGAACUCGGCUCCCCUCCAGUACCUUGAAUUCUCCAAUCUCCGAUGCUUAAUGAACACCCUGGAAACUGAAUACUUUUUUUAAGAUCGAAGAUCCCAUAAACCAAUACCAUGCAGAGCGGCACAUGCCAAGUGAGCCAAACAUAGUAGUCCCCCGCAAGUGCGAGUGUCCAUCUGUAAACUCCCGAGGGAACCAUUUUCCAUAUGUGGAUGUAAAGAAACAAUGCAUUUGUUAAUGACGACGUACGGUCAAGACAUCAUGACUAUCAAAAUAUGCACAAAUGUUCUUGUCAACCGUUUUAAGUCUUUAUGCUAAAGAUCAAUUUCACUACAAUAUUGUUAAAAAAAACAAUACUAAAUUCUCAGUGAUUGUAAUAGUGCUUGAAUAAUAGUAAACAUUAAUCCUUUUGUACGUUACCAAGCACAAAUUUUAAGACAGAUAAUACAACUAUGAAUGUAUUUCUGAGAAUUUUUCUGUCUAUUUGCACUUUCUCCUUUUAUUCAGCUGGUAUGAUCUGUAACAUGUAAAAGAUGAAACAUGAUCUAUGAAGUCAAAAAAUUAUUUCAAGGAAAAUAACAGAUUGACUAGUGUCAUGAUCUCAAAACUGGAGAUUGUGUGAGUUAUCAAGAAUUACAGAAAAAUACACAGAUUUUUCAAAAAUAAAAUUAUUUCAUCGAAGGGAUAACAUAGACAUAAGCAAUAAAAUUUGUAUUAAGAUAAUUUUUAAAAAAUUAUUUAAAAAAAACUUUAUUAAAAAUCUAAAUAUAGAUUUUACUAAGAACACAAUUAUUUUUUCAGAAUUUUGUGGCUCACAGCUACUUUGAUAUUCAUUUUAAUGCAUACAAUUUACUUUAUGUUUUAGGCAUAAAACACCUUAGUUUGCCUCUUGGAAUGCUAAAGACCACUUUUCAAAGGAAUGAAUUUCAAAAAUUUCCAGAGCAUACCAGACCCCACCUACCCCUGCUGAAAUAUUCUUGUAUCCACCCCAGAGAAUAAGGUGGUAAGCUUCAGCUGAAAAUGUGGUGGUUUAUGCUAAGGGUCCCAGGAGCCCCAGCAGCAAAUAAAAAUUUGAAUGGAUUUUACCCUACAAUAUUAUAAAUAUGUAUUAGCAGUGGUCAGGGUUGCCCUAGGCUGUUGAACAGGAUUUGGGGUUUUUAAAAUAGGAUUGUAAAUGGAGAGAAGUGAUGACUGGAAAUAUGUCAUCUGUGUUCACAGUCUAUAAAACUUUAUAACUGGAUUCAAGCGAAAUGUCCAAAUUUGGUUCUCUUUCAAAACAAGGAACAAAUACAUGGGGAUUCAUUCUAAGUUAAAAUUAAUAAGCUCUGUUGUAAAACUGGUCAUAUACUGACUUAAACAAAAAACAAACUUUCAGUUUCCAUGUAGGAAUGUCACUAAGAUUACAGUUGAACCUCAACUCAAUGGCCACCUACAUGUAUUAAAUGGGUUAAGCAGCCACUAAUUAAAGUCCUGAAAUAAUAUAAUGUACAAAAAAGUUAUGAUUUAAACCUCUUCACUAUUAAGUGUCCACCUCUAUCGCCUCCCCCUCCAUGUUGGCCAACAUUUGUUCAUCUUAACAAGAUUUCUCUUAUAGUUGCUACCUCUAUUAAGUCUUGAUAUACUUAGAUUGGCUUAAUAUUGACAGUAUGAUGAAGGAAAGAAGGUGAUGACUAGGAUAGAGAUAGAAUAAGAUGAUUGGUUGUGGUCUAGUAAUGCUGCUCCCAUUGCAUGUUUUCUUUAGAUUAUGCUAAUGUAUGAUGAACUUCUUCUGAGUGGCUAACUACAUUAACCUGCCACUUGCGGGUACCCAGGUGUUGGCCAUUCAACCGUGUUUAUUUUUUGUUAUGGGCACUUUCUUUCAGGUACAAACGGAUGUCCAGCAGAUUGGUCCAACUCAGUUCGUUUUCAACUUGCUUGAUGUUGAAAACAUUCAUCACGUGGUAGUGUUCCUAACAGGUGUGACACCAUUCCCUGAUGGAAUGGGCGGGGCAGUCUACUACUGUUAUCCAACCCCUGAGGGACCUACUUCACAACUUUUGGGAUUUAUUGCUAAUAACAAGCCUAGUGCCAUAUUUAAACUGGCCAAGGUAUAUGUUGCAUUUCAUGUGAACUCUCUGCUUUUUACAGUGUUUGACAGAAGCCAAGGUGGCUAGAGCAUUUGAUUAAAAGUUACUUAAAGGGCCAAAAAAGCUCAUAGAAAUUACACUGCACUUCUGUUGGGGGACAGAAAUAUGGAUAUACAAUGAGAUGUACCUCUGACGCUGUGAUUCAGCCUUGCUUCUCCGCAGUUGGCCUUUAUGUUCCACAUAUAUUUCCUCUUUUGGUUUCGUUUGGUUUUGUCUUUGUCCAAACCAAAGCACAUGCAUGUGUUUUGUGUCCACACAUGUCCUCAUGCCUCACGUUUGGGAUACUUUGGAUAGGAAAUAAAAAUGAAUGCUUCUCCUUUUGUAGGUGAGACCAGAGGAAAGAGUGCAGAACCCUUUUUUAAUGGAUGCCAGUGGGACCACACACACAGGGGCUCAAAUAGGUAUAUCAAUUGAGCCCUUAGACCAGCUUGCUCAGCAGACACCCGCGUGCAAUUCGACGCCGUCAAAUUUGAACACUUUUGUUGAAUAUACACAGAAAAUGCUGGAGAAUUUCUUCAAUUUCGCGUCUUCCUUUGCAAGAACCCAAGCAGAAAUGACACCAAAUCCUUCGGAGAGUUUCGUUCCACUUAGCGUGGUACAAAGGUGGUAUGAGAACUAUCAGAGGAAAAUGGCGCACGAUCCAAACUUCUGGAAAAAGUGA